AUGAGCAUGGACGCUGGCGGUCUUGCUCAAAUGUCCUACAACAACUUCCAGUCUCAGGGCUUCGGCAACCCGACCCCGAGUUUCGCCUCUCGCGGGAAGGGAGCUGCCCUCAAGCGUCUCAGCGUCGCUUCUCCUCCCAAGGUCGCCUCGAUUGCCGAGAACGAGGUGCAGACGCCUCGCACCAGCCGCUCCCAUCUGCUGGCCGGCCUCCGCACUGCGCCCAAGACUCCUUCGUCUGCCCAGCCCCCUGCGUCUGCCCCCUACAACCAGCGCCAGCACAACAUCGGCGGAAACCAGAACAACCGCCUCUCCAGGAACUUCAACCAAAACGGUCCCCAGACUGCCGUUGGCUCCGGCUUCGGCGCUGCUCACCAGUACACCCAGCAGCAGCAGCAGCAGCAGCAGCAGCACAUGUACUACGAUCAAGUUUUGGCUCCUCCUGCGAUGCAGUACGACGAUGGCGAGAUGGACCCUGCUGUUGCUGCCCAGCUCCUUGCUACUGAGGUCUACCUGGCCCAGAGGCAGCAGCAGCUUCAGCAGCAGCUUCUUGCUCUUACUGCCCAGCAGUUUGGCAACAUGAACAUGAACGGCAUGCGCCAGUCGCAGCAGUUCCCUGCUACGCCCUUGACCAACGCCUAUGGCCAGCAGUUCCAGCAGAGCGCCCCGGCCGUUCAGGAGACUGGACAGCCUGGUAUAUACCUGGUCUUGAACCAGAUGACCGGCCAGUACCAGUACGUCGUCGACUCCAACUACCAGCAGGAGGACAACCUGUCGCAAUCUCCGCCACCGCCAACACCUGGAUUUGCGCAUUCUCCUCCCAAGGUCGACACACCUGUCCUCCACGUUUCUCCCCCCAACGAGGUCAACCCCAGCCCUUGGGCCCGCAGCAACUCGCCCCCGAAGAAAUCCGUGACCCCGCCCCAGGACGUUGUCCCGCUUCCGCCGCCAUCCGCCAACGCUUUCCGCAGAAGCCACAAGAAGCAGCCUUCGUCGCUUGCUCUUGACUCCAGGGCUGAGAUGCCCGAGGGUCCCAAGUCUGCCUUUGUCCGCUCUGUUGGUUUCCCAGCUACUCCCAUGACCGGCACAUUCGGACCCGGUCAAGCACGUGCUGGAGAGCACCCUGUCCGCCAGCCCCGUGGACCGCCUUCGAUCGAAGAGCUCAAGGCCAGCCCCACCUCCAAGCAUGAGGGUAGCAAGAACUUUGCUGCUCGCCAGCGCCGCCAAGCAAUCAGCAACCUUGUUCGUGCCGGCAUUGGUCGCCGGGGUCAGCGCAACGGAAGCGGCAGCGCUUCUCCCGACAGCGAGAACUUCCCCUCCUCGGACAACGAUUCCGACAGCGUGCACAGCGGCGGCAGUGGCAGUCUUUCCGGCAGGCCCAGCAUUGGCAGCCUUCGUGCUGUUGCUAACGGCGCCAUCGGCUCGGAGCGCCAGGCGUCCAAGGAGCGCUCUCGCGGUACCUCCAUCGAUCGCUCUUACACCGCGACCAGUGUAAGCAGUGAGGAGGGUUUUGUCGAUGUCCGCCCCACGCUCGGCCAGCGCCGCUCGACGCCGAAGCUCAUCUUCACCAGUGCUGAGAAGCGCAAGAGCACCAUGUUUUAG